CAAAAACUUGUUGAUUCAAUUUCGCUUGUUUUCAUCGUCCAACCGGCAUUUUAGUUCGAAAAUAUUUUCCUCAAAAAUGGCACUUUCUCCAAAAGAAUCUGGCGAAUUUAUCGUCAAAAAUGCUAAACACUUGACAGUCAGUGAGGAUGGCAUCAAGAACCUCGCAAAUCAAAUUGUUGCAGCAAUCACGGACCAAACCCUGAGCAUCAACAACUUCUCACAAAUUAAAUUUCAUCCAAAAUCAACCGAUGACUUUGCCCUCAACUGGAUCUUUUUAAUUGACACUCUCAACUUCUGUUUCUGGACGCCUGAUAAGCAGCCACAAAAGUGGAAAGUUGAAGGUGAAUCUGGAUAUUUUGCAUUAUGUGCAGCCAUAAAUCGAGCACAAAAGGAAGGAAUUGACGUGACCAAUCCAAAAUAUUAUUCAAAAAUCACUUUGGAACAAUUGGAUGGAAUUUUGAGACCUGAUGAUGGAGUUACUAAGGCACCACUGCUUGAGGAUCGUGUCAAGUGUCUUCAUGAUGUUGGAACUAAGCUCCUGGACAAGUACAAUGGGAAAUUCGAAAAUGUUGUGCUUAAAGCUUCUGGAUCAGCUAAGAAGUUGUUGGAAAUUAUUGUUGAUGAGUUUCCAUGCUUUCGUGACGAAGCUGAAUACUGCGGGAAGCGAGUUUCAAUCCUGAAAAGAGCACAAAUCCUUGUUGGUGAUGUCUAUGCAUGCUAUAGAGGUCAAGGAAUUGGAAAAUUUGAUGAUAUUGAUGAUGAAAUCACAAUGUUUGCUGACUAUCGAGUUCCACAAGUCCUCGUCCACUUUGGAUCAUUGACAUAUUCUGAUGAGCUCAUGCAGGAACUGAAAGAUGACAAAAUUCUGAUGAACGGCGAGGAAAAGGAAGUUGAAAUCCGUGGAGCAUCAAUUUACAUCGUUGAGAAGGCUAAAGAAAUUGUCAGACAAAUGUUGAAGGCAAAAGAUCCAAAAUUGUGCCUAAAAAAUGUCAAUUCUAUCUUGAUUGAUCACUUCCUGUGGGAUUAUCGACGUGCUAAUGCUGAAAUGUUGACUUAUGUGCCAUUCCAUAAGACAUUUAGUGUUUAUUAUUAACGUCCAGAAUGAGAACUUUAAGGAACAAUCGAAGUGUCACCU